UAUUUAUAAAUAAUCGAGGGCCUACUACGAGGGAGGUUCCCAUGAGUAUGGUCAGGGUUUUCCUUUAAUCGACACGCACUGGAACCCCCGUUGAUAACGCUUAUCGGAAGAUUACGCCAAGAGAGAAGUGGUAUAAAAUCAUUAGAGACCGCGCCAAAAGCAAUCAAACACAAUCGAAUUAACAUGGUCAACGUAAUAGCCAUUAUUUUUCUUUGCGGUGUGGGUCUCAUCCAUGCGAGCCAUUUAAAGGAAGAACUCCACUUGGUUCACCACCGCUUAAGGAUGCUUAAGGAGUCAAUAUCCCUGAAUAUUGACCACGAAAUCAUCGACACUGAAGCAUCUGGCACGAAUGACAUCCAAUGCCUGGCGGAUAUGAAGGAGUUUCUUGGAGGACUAAAUACUGGCAGCUACUGGGCACUCAAAAUGCUUGAUUCCUGGGGCUCGUUUCCCUCGGGUCUGCUAUACGGAACCUUUUACGAUCUGGGAAACUUCGAUGAGUGCCUCAAUGUGAAUCAAGAGAUUAGCAGCAGCCAAACGAUUAAGGGAAAAUAUUGCUUCAUGGCAGUGCCUCUGAAAGAUUUUCUUGAUACCGGAAUAGAUGCCUUAGAAGGCAUGCAGAUCAAGAUUGCCACUUGUUUUCCGGCCUCCUGUUCGGCAACUCAAAUCGAGAAGUUUGCUGGGCAAUUAUAUCGAAAUAAGUUCAGCUCAAGCAUGAAUUUUAAUAUAAGCAUUGCUGAGGACGGUUGCCAAACCAGCGAUCCUGAUCCUUGGGAUGGCCUCACCAUUUUCACAGUGGUCAUUCUGUCAGUGCUUACCUUAAUAGUGGUUGGCGCAACACUUUACGACUAUUUUCUUUGCACAAAUCAACAAACACCUGCCUUGAUCCAGAUCAUAUCGGCUAGGGCAAAUUCGCGAGCUCUUUUUCAUCUUCAGGUUGGCAGUUCCAAUUCGAAUGUAAUUGAUUGCCUUCAUGGAAUUAGAUGCAUGUCGCUCAUCUGGGUGGUUUUUCUGCAUGAGCAUAUGUAUUCCCUGAUAUCCCCAAACAUCAAUUUUACCUAUGCGCUUGCGUGGCUAGAGAAACCGGCAGCCAGCUUUUUCGUACAUGGCUAUUUCUCAGUGGACACGUUUCUCUUUAUCGGUGGCUUGCUGGUAUCCUUGACAGCUCUGCGCACCAUGGACAAGACCAAAGGACACCUGAAUGUACCCAUGAUGUAUGUGCAUCGCAUUAUUCGCAUCCUACCCGUGCUGGCCAUGGCAAUCUUGAUCUACGUAGAACUAAUGCCGGUUGUGAGUGGCGGACCCCUUUUCAAAAGCGGAUUCCAUGGCAAGGAGGCGUGUGUGAAUGGCUGGUACUGGGACCUGCUCUUCAUCCAGAAUUAUGCUACGAAAACAGCUGUAAGCUUCAGAGUAAGCCCAGACCCUUGUUUAGUUUCUAACAAUUGUUUCUUUCAGUGUCUUGAUCAGUCGUGGUAUUUAGCUGUCGACAUGCAGCUGUACAUUCUCUCCCCUCUGCUCCUGAUUGCUUUCUACAAAUGGGGCAAGAGGGCGGCUUGGGCCAUUGUUGGCAUUGUGGUUUUGCUGUCUGGUUGCCUGUUUGCCACCCAAAUGGUCAAUCAUUACUCAAUGAGUAUUAAAAAUGGUGGUGGCGAUGAUGAGGCCAACUCAAAGUUGUACCUGGCCACGCACACACAUGCGGCUCCUUGGCUGAUUGGAUUCCUGUUCGGAUACUUCCUGCACCUGAAUCGUGGCAGAAAGUUCCAGUUGAGUCGACUGGUCGUGUGGUCGGGUUGGCUCCUCAGCCUGGCCAUGAUCUUCACCUCGAUUUUUGCACUUUAUCCGUCUGCCAAGUGGAGUGCUCCUCCUCUUUCCACGCUGGAGGAAUCUCUGUACUACACUCUCACUCGGGUUGGCUGGCCUUUGGCCAUGUGCUGGGUUGUGUUCGUCUGCAUUCAGGGUUAUGGUGGUCUGGCUAACAGCUUCCUCUCCUCCCCCUUGUGGCAACCCCUCUCAAGGCUCUCCUAUUCCGUCUUCAUCUGGCACAUGUUCGUCCAGGAGAUAAACAGCCGGAAUGUCAGGACCAGCACUUACUUCUCUUCCUACACUGUGAUGCUCAACUUCUGGGCUGACUUUGGCAUCAGUCUGAUUAUGUCCUAUGCCUUAUAUCUUAUUAUUGAGGCCCCUAUAGGUGGACUGCAUUCACUUUGGAGUCCCACUCGAAAUUUAAAGUCGCCAGCGGCGGUUGUGGCUCACAAGUGUAAUGGUGAUGAACAAGAACAUAGAGUAGCUGCUUGAAUUGAUGAAUAUUCAAUGAAGUUUCUGGCAUUUACGUAGCUUAAGUGUAUAUUAAACAAAAAAAAGAACAGCAUUGAAUUUUUAAAGUUGAUGAUUAUUUUAUCUCUUACAUUCGGUAUCGCAGAUGCUCUGACUUCGCAGAUCAAAAUCAAACCGAAUUUAUUACAAAACUUGGUUCCUAAAAUAUACGAAUAUUUAUAGUACAAACUCCGUUAAAAAAAGAUAUUAUAGUGUC